AUGGUUGACUUUGCGUGUGAUGUUUGUGGGUCUCCAAUAUUAGCAAUCAGCAACUUGGCAGUUCAUACAAAGGACCUAUUAGCCAAUCCAAAAUGCUCAUUGCUUGUAGCAAAAGAUCCUGAGGAUAGGACUGAUUUGGUUGUUACCUUUCAUGGAGAUGUUGUUAGUGUCUCUGAGAAAGAUAGAGAAGCUAUCCGUACUGCAUAUUUAGCAAGGCAUCCGAGUGCGUUCUGGGUUGAUUUUGGUGACUUUCAAUUUGUGCGGAUUGAACCCCAAGUUGUACGAUAUGUGUCUGGGGUUGCUACCGCUACACUGGGUUCAGGAGAGUUUAGUAAGGAGGAUUAUAGAGCUGCAAAGAUGGAUCCCAUAUACCAGUUUUCCAAGCCUAUUGUGUUGCACAUGAAUAAAGAUCAUGUGGAGGAUACAAAACUCAUUGUGCAACAUUCAACAUCAAUUCCGGUAAUCAGGAAUACUCCCUUAAACAUCUCAUUCAAUAUGUUGCAAUUGUAA